GAAGGGGAGAGGGGCUGGGGAAACCCCUUGACCCGAUUAUGCCGCUCCCCAGGAGACGCUCGCUCGGAGCCCGGGCCAUGUCGGGAUUGAGGCGAUACGAGGUGGCGCUGGAGGCGGAGGAGGAGAUCUAUUGGGGUUGCUUCUACUUUUUCCCCUGGCUGCGCAUGUGGCGGAGGGAGCGGAGCUCGCCACACCCCCGGGAGCAGAAACUGGAGCCGCUGCGUGGCCUCAUGAGCUGUCUAUCAAGUGGCCUCGGCCCUGCUCCGCAGCGUGCUGGACGAGCCCUCCCCCGCCGACCCCCGACAGCCACUGCCCAGCCAGCCGGUGCAUUAAAGAUUUAAACCUAAAGCCA